GGCAUGAAUGCGGCCCGUUGGCCUCCAGGCUUGGGGCCCCUUCCCUCGCUGGAGGGGAAUUGUGAAGUGUUUCUGGACACAUUGUUUCAACAGCUGAAAUGAACAAAUCAGCUAGGCCCAAGUUUGUUCACUUUAUGUACUGAGCAUGAUCACAGCCCAUGGCCUCCCUCCCCAGAAUGGCCCCCUGCUGGAGAAGGGACCCGGGCUCACAACUUGGAACUAUCCUCUGUGACUCCAAGUCCAUCCGCAUUUAUUAAUCACUUACCAGGCAUUGUCCAUAAUAGGAAAGUAGCAGGCUUCCGAGAGAGAGAACUAUCACCCCCAAGAUAUAUUUUUUUUUGGCCAAUAUGGACCCCACCAUUCACUCUUAGUUCAAAACAUUUGCACCCUUCAGUUAAACGUGUGUGUGUGUGUGUUUAAACAUAGUAUUUCCAAAAGGCUGCUUUGGAGGCUGAAUUUAACCUCUAGGCUCUUCUUAGUAACAUAGAUUCCAUUUACUCUGAUUCUUCAGACUUCUUUUACAUUAUUUCUCCACAGGAGGUUACAAAAUCUUUUUUUUCCCCCUACAAAGCCAUAUUUGCCAUUUGUAAACUGUAAACUGGUUUUGUAAUCUUCGUUCAAAUGAUCACUAAAAAUAUUAAGCAAGCAGGCUUACUUGCCUACAUCCUGGAGGCAAGUUAUUUCAUUUCUUUGGCCUUGCUUCUCUCCUCUAAAUAAUCAAAGAUGGUCUUUAUGAUUCCUUCCAAUUCUAAAACCUAAAGCCCAAGAGAAGUAAUUUCUAAGAUGACAGAUCAGUUUUAAAUUAAGUAAAAUGUCCUGAGAUACUCCACAGUACACACUGGAAUCUUACCAGAGGAGACAAAAUCAGUUUAACUACCAAAACAAUAAGCACAAGAUGCUAUUCAAUUCUUUCAACCCUUAAUUUUUGCAAUUUUUAAAUAUUUUCAGAAAAUCAUUCCAUCAGCAAGUAGAACAAAGCACAAAUUUAAACUAAUGAAAUACAUGAUUUAAAGAAAGGGCUACAUAUAAACUGGGUAAACAUCCUCCUGGAAGAGGACCCAAACUCAAAAACAAUAAGCAGUUCACAUGAAGUGACUGCUAGAUACAUUUGUAGAAAGGAAGGAAAAAAAUGCCUUUACCGUUGUUCAAAUAAUAUCACGCUGAAGUACAGUCUUUAACAACAACAACAACAAACAACACAUUUUACAGGCGGGAGGAGAAAAAAAUAAAGAGAAAUAAGGAAGGGGGGAGAUAGAAGAGAAUCACAGAGAUAGAGAGCGGGAAAUAGCGAAAAAGAAAAACAGAGAAAAGAGGGGAGGAGAAAAGAGAAAGAAAAGAAGGAGGGAGAACAGAGGAGAGAGAGAAAAGAGAAGCCAGGGAGAAAGAAAGUGAUGGAGGGUGAGGGAGAGAGGGAGGCAAAGGAAAGAAUGAGCAAGAGAAAACGGAAAAAAGAAAAAGAAAGAAAAAGAGACAGGAGAGAAAGACAGGAGUGAUGAAGGAAGAGAAGGAAAGAGAGAGAAAAAGGAGAAAAGGAGAGAGGGAGAGAAGGGGGGGAUGGGCCAGAGAAGCGGAGACCGAGAGAUAGAUGAGCUGGGAGGGGGGAAAGAAGGAGAAGGAGGAGGAGGAGGAGCAGAGCCAAUCAAAGGAAUGAACAACAAGACAACUUCACCAGGAAAUGCGGGGAUAGACGAAGGCAACCUGCAGACGGCACCCACCAGGACUGGGACCCAAGGCAGGGCGAGGCCACGGGGCGCUCGACACCCCGCACGCCGGCCCCUCACCCCCGCCCUCCCGCCCGGGGAGGAGACACGGAGCCCCACCCACACCCUAGGGAAGCGGGUGGGGGGAAAAGAGAGGGAGGACGGCUUCAGUCCCCCUCGAAAAGGAGGGAUGGGGGAGAGAAAGCGAAGGGGGGGCUACAGGAGAGGGUGACCCGCCUCUUCCCCCCCAAAAGGGUGUGUGUGUUGGGGAGCAUAUCGGCAGGAGAAACAGAGAGGCGAGAACGCCCCCCCAGAAAGCUCCCCUAUCCCCAAAUCGAAGGUGCAGGACAAACAACCCCGUCACCCCACCACACCCCCUUUGGCGACUCGGUCCCCCCAUCACUGAGAGGGACCUCCGCUCUACUAGGAGAGAAAAGGUGGGCCCAGAAAAGAAAAAGGGAAAGGAGGGACCCCGCCUCCAUCCCUGACCUCCGAGGCACAGGUGGGAAGCUCGGCGUCCCGCAGCCGCUCGGGGGCAAAUGCGCCCCGAGUCCGGCUUCUGAGGAGGGGUCUCGCGGCGCGCCGCCCCUCCCCCACAGGCCGAGUCGGCGGCGCGAGCCCCCGCCCCUCCCCCGCUCCCGAGUGCCCCUCCCCCAGCUCAGACGCCUGCCUUCGUCAAGACCCUCCGCCUCCACCUCCGCCGCUGCCGAUCGCCGCAUAGCUUCAUGGGGGCUGGAGUCUCCUGGCGGGACUUUGUGCGCCGAUCCCACGCGACCGGGAACUACGAUUCCCAGAGUCCUUCGCGGCCUUUUUUGCCCCCCCUCCCCCCCGUCCCCGGCCGCUCCACCGCCCCCGAGACUACAUUUCCCGACAGGUCAAGCGGCGCUCCCGCCCGCCCUCCCGAGACACGAGCCGAACUGGGCGUCAGGUCGGGAGCCGGUCCGGUUCCCGCUCCCCGCUCUCCGCUCUUCGCUCUUCGCCGCCGCCGCCUCCCACCCGCAGCGCCCCUGCCCGCCGUGCCGCGCCGACCGAGAGUCUCGGCUGGGGCUGCAACGCCCCCCUCGCCGGCCUCCAGAGCCCACCCAGCGGUGCCGGGCGCCGGCAGCCGAGGGCGGGACCCCCGAUCGCCCCCCAGCCCAACCCCGGAGACCCCGGGCCCGAACCGGAGCCCCCACUACCGUCGUCGCGCCGAGGACCUCCUCCGCCCCCGGCCCCCGAGGAACAUGGACGCCGACUCGUGCGCCUCCGCCUUCCACCCCGAGGAAUACUCCCCCAGUUACAAGAGGAGGCGAACUGUGGAGGAUUUCAACAAGUUUUGUACCUUUGUUUUGGCAUAUGCUGGUUACAUCCCUUAUCCAACAGAGGAGCCUCCUCUGAGGAGCAGCCCCAGCCCUGCCAAUAGCACGGCCGGGACCAUCGACAGCGACAGCUGGGACGCCAGCUUUGCGGAUCUGCCCUCCUCGGUGGCCCUGCCCGUCGCCGACCGCUGCUUUGGCCACUUGCAGCCCUCCCUUCUGCAGCGAGCCAAGCCCAGCAACUUCCUCAUGGACAGAAAGAAGACGGACAAGCUGAAGAAGAAGAAGAAGCGCAAGCGGAGGGACGCGGAGGUGCCCAUGGAGGAGGAGUACAUGGGCGGCCUGCUGAAGCUGGAGCCGGCCGACACCUACGCCCCGAGGACGGCCAGCCCCGACCUGCAGGACAUCCCCGCGGCCAGCAGCGACCCCUGCUCGGGCUGGGAUUCCGACACCCGCUCCAGCGGCUCGUGUGCGGCGGCCACCCCGGAGGAGGUCAAGGAGAUUCAGACAGAAGGCAAACGGACUGUCAUACGGCAGGGCAAGCAGGUGGUGUUCCGGGACGAAGACAGCACCGGGAACGAUGAGGACAUCAUGGUGGACUCCGACGACGAUUCCUGGGACCUCGUCACCUGUUUCUGCAUGAAACCUUUUGCCGGGCGGCCGAUGAUUGAAUGUAACGAGUGCCACACCUGGAUUCACCUGUCCUGUGCAAAAAUCCGGAAAUCCAACGUCCCCGAAGUGUUUGUUUGCCAAAAGUGCCGGGACUCCAAGUUUGACAUCCGCCGCUCCAACCGCUCCCGAAUGGGAUCCCGGAAGCUCUUUCUGGACUGACUGGUUCGGGGCACGACUUCAAAGCAAGGAUUAGAAGGGCCGGUGUUCUUUGGGGUCACUUUUUCCGAAUCCGAGCACGGAACUGUUAGCGCGCGUGAUGUAGCCAUCCUCGCCCUUCUGACAUCGAGGUGCCUAAGCAGAAGGACGGGUUGUCCGAGGUACAUACAAACUGUACAUAGCCGGUGAUGACGUAGAAUCUUUGUUGGCCAAAGCUGCUGCCGGGGCCCCGGGCUCCACAGCCAGAGCGGACUCGGCACCGCUGUGUUGAGCUCAAAAUGAGGGUGUGUGGUGGUUGUGAGUCUUUUCCCCACUUUGGACCGCAGGGGUGGGGCUGGGGGGGUGAGGGUGGGGAUGGGGACAGUCCUCCCCGGAGGGAGGAAGACAUCUCUCUGGUUUCCAAGGAUUCAAUAAGUGAACAGCCAUACGUGUUAAGCUUCCCGAGUAUAAGUCUUUACCAUAAGUGUCUGUAUAGGUAGCCUAACGUUGCUCUUUCCUUAGCAAACAGUUCCCCAGCCUGCCGCCUCUGCCUGAGAAGGGGGGCCAGUCACCCUAGGUCGGUUGCAAGGGGCUUCCUCUUGUCUUGCUUUGGGGAGACCGGGCCAGUGACUCCCCCUGCAGGACUCAGCUGCUCUCCUGGUAGAUUGAGAGGAAUAGCAUAGGGCUGCUUCUGUUGGGGCAGAGCCAGGAUGGUCUUUUAGAUGAAGGGGGCCUGAGUUCUUGAUACAAGUUCCCAUUUUGCACGAUGUUUAAAAAAAAAAAAAAAAGAUUUUUUUUCUUUUUUUUUUUUUCCUUUUUAAAGAUUUGUUUCUUUUUCUUUU